AUGACUGGUUGUUGUUCUUCUUCUCGACCACAUAACUUGAUCUUCUUCUUCUUCUUGUUCGUACCAUUUCUCGGUUUGGCACAGCAAGUCGACAUAAACGAUCCUGUCUGGAAUAUCCCUUCACAGCCAUCAUGUUCAUCACUACAAAGCAACUUCGCCAACUCCCAAUUCUCCAAAAACCUUAACAGUCUUGUCUCUUCAAUCCCUACACUCAUUCCCAACCCCUACAACUUCUACGACCUCGCCGUUGGACGAAACUCUGAUCAAGAAAGAGUAGAGGCCAUGGCACUCUGCAACAGAGCGCUCACGCGAGUAGACUGUCUAAACUGUAUCGCUCAAGCCGCAGUUAAUCUAACCACAUCAUGUCCACAACAUAGAGAAGCUUACGUACGUGCCACGAGAUGUAUGUUUCGUUACUCAGACAAACCCAUUUUGGGGAAACUCGAAACGAACCCUGUCUCGGAGGCUCCGAACCCGAGCAGCGCCACGGAAGAUAGAAACGAGUUUAUUAGGUUGCAGAGCGAGUUACUUAACCGACUCAGACCAGUCGCUGCAGCAGGUGGCUCUAAGAGGAAGUAUGCUCAAGGAAAUGGCCUUGGUACUCCGUCUAACACGACAUUCUUCGCUGCCGUGCAGUGCACACCUGAUUUGUCUGAGAAAGACUGCAACGACUGUCUCAGUUAUGGGUUCGGGAACGCGACAAAAGGGAGAGUUGGGAUUAGGUGGUUUUGUCCCAGCUGCAUUUUUCAGAUAGAGAGUAACUUGAUAUUCUACCCGAACGAGUAUGAGUCUGAUCCACCAACAAAUGCUGGUUCAGGAGGAGACGAGCUAAAAAUAAUACUCGCCACUGUGGGCUCUGUUGUUGGUUUUGUCUUAAUUGUUGCCUGCCUUUACAUCUUACUGACAAGGAACAAAAGAAAAGAAAAACAAAGACGUGAAGGCAAAUAUGUGGAAGAGAACAAGAUUAAAGAUGCCCAAUUAUUGCAAUUCGACUUCGAUAGCAUAAGAUUAGCAACUAAUGAUUUCUCUUGCGAUAACCAGCUUGGAGAAGGUGGCUUUGGUGCAGUUUAUAAGGGUGUUCUUGAUUUUGGAGAAGAAAUAGCUGUGAAAAGAUUGUCAAUGAGAUCAGGACAAGGAGACAAUGAGUUCAUAAACGAAGUCUCAUUAGUUGCGAAACUUCAACAUCGGAAUCUUGUUAGGCUUUUAGGUUUCUGCUUAUAUGGACAAGAACGACUACUCAUCUAUGAGUUCUUCAAGAACACAAGCCUCGACCAUUUCAUAUUUGAUACUAAUAGGAGAAUGAUAUUAGAGUGGGAGACACGUUAUAGGAUAAUCGUAGGUGUUGCUCGAGGUCUUGUUUAUCUCCAUGAAGAUUCUCGUUUCAACAUCAUUCAUAGGGAUCUUAAAGCAAGCAAUGUUCUAUUGGACGAUGCAAUGAUUCCGAAAAUCGCCGAUUUUGGAAUGGCUAAGUUGUUUGAUACAGACCAAACAAGUCAGACUAGGUUUACAGAGAGAGUUGCAGGAACAUACGGUUACAUGGCUCCAGAGUAUGCGAUGAGUGGGGAAUUUUCGGUGAAAACCGACGUAUAUAGCUUCGGAGUACUAAUCCUAGAGAUCAUUACGGGAAAGAGAAACAAUUGGUCUCCAGAGGAAGAAAGCUCAUUGUUCCUCCUCAGCUAUGCAUGGAAAAGCUGGAGAGAAGGGAAAGUGUUAAACAUUGUGGAUCAAAGUCUGAUUAACACGGGAGGUUUAAGUAAUGAAAUCAUGAAAUGCAUUCACAUUGGUUUGUUGUGUGUUCAGGAGAAAGCAGAUAGUAGACCAACUAUGGCUUCUGUUGUUGUAAUGUUUAAUGCAUCUUCUUUCACUUUACCUAGACCUUCGCAACCCGGUUUUUACACAGGAGAUCGAGUAUCAAGAGGCAUUGCACAACCAGUGACUUGGAAUAGUGUUACAAGCACUGAGUUAGAUCCUCGUUAA